AUGCAUGGGCGUUAUCAUAUAGAAGUACUGAAAAAUAAAACAAAUAUCGUUGAAAUGGCCAAUAGUCAACCUUCAUCAAUGAUAAUUUCAUCUAAUGCGUUAGAUGAAACGAAUACGAAUGGAUCAAAAAGUGUUGUACAAAAAAAAGAUUCAUUACCAUUACGUUCAUCGAAUCAAGCCAAACUUCCAGGAACUAAUAUAACUAUUGCACAUUCAUCUUCAUCAUCAAUUGAUAGUACUGGUGCUAAACUUACCAAUUCAAAUGACAAAACUUCUUCGUUACCACAAAUCAGUUCACUUACAACAGUCUCGUCGACAACCACUGAUAGUGAAUUGGAAAGCGAACAAGAAGAACGAUACACAGAUGAUAAUAAUUCCUUAGAAUUGAACAAUCUUCCAAAACAGAUUCGACGUCCAGCACAACAAGAAGCAGCAGCAGCGCGCCGUGAUAGUGGACAACAGAAAUCUGAGGGCAAUACAUCUGAACAGUUAUCUCGACGCGUCAAACAUUUUCAAAAACUCUUCAAAUCGGAAAUUGCGGAUGACGACAUGCCGGAAUUAAUCGAUUCCUAUGUCUGCGCCUAUCAAGGAGAUAUUUUACUGCAAGGUAAAAUGUAUAUCACUGAUCGUUAUCUAUGUUUUCAUUCCCGGAUCAUAUCUUACGUAACAAAACAUGUCUAUCGAUGGGAGCAGAUUGACAAUGUGACUAAGGAGCGUGUUGCAUUCAUCUUUCCAACUGCAAUUGGAAUUCAAUUGAAACCGACUGGCAAAAAGAUCAUCUAUGCAUCAUUUCUCCAACGUGAUCAAGCCUAUGAUAAAAUCAUUUCUAUUUGUUCGCGUUUUAACAAUGAAACAGGCUCAAUCGCUGAUGAUGAUGACAAUCGUUUGAUCCCAAAUGGAACACUAAAAUCACAGAAUAGUAAUCAAAAUUUUAGUACGAAAAGCAAAAAGUCGAAACGCAAUCAUUAUGAAACACCGGAUGACUCAGAACAUGACAAUGUUCUCCAGAUGUGUCUAGGACAAGAUCGAACAAACAGUCUGAUGAAACGACGAAAACAACCGCUCUCUUCAAAGACGGACGAUGACAAGCAACAGCAAACGAAGAAAUUAUUCAAUUCAGAUAAAAAGAAAACCAAUUCAAUCGCCGAGUCAAAUUUAUCCAGUGAUUUUAAUGCUGAUCAUGCAAAUAGAAUGUCACGGCAUAGUAAAAAUCAACCGAAACAAACUGAUACAUUCACAAGAGAUAAUCCAUCGUUGAGAAGUCGCCAAAGCAGUCGAAAUCGUGAUCGAACAUUAUCUCCAUCUCAUCGUUCAUUAGCCAAUCUAUCUCCAUUAGAAUCUCUAUCCGACCGGCUGAUAACCGAUGAAGUAUCCAAUAUCAAUUCUGACAAUAACGGAUUCGUACAAAGAUAUUUUCGUAUCAUUCUUCUCUCAAUUAUAUCUAUUAUAAGACUUCUGAUUGAGUAUCUACUCUUACUAUUGAAACAAUUUAGAAUUUAUCCGAUUAAAACCUCAUUUAUACUUUUACUGUUUGUAAUCAUCUUAGUAAUCCAUUCAUUCUAUUUAAUUAAACUCGCCUACCGAAUAGAAAGUCGAUUACAAUCUUUACAUCAUGUUUGGCCAUUACCUUCCUCAUCAAUGGAAAGUUCAAUACCAUCAUCCAAUAAAUUCUCAUAG